GUCAGUUCGUUAGUUCUUUCCUUGCUUUAUUAUUAUUUUUUUCUUCUCUUUCGUUUCCCCCUUGGACUUUUAUUUCUCCUCGGUUUUUUUUUACUGUGCGAUCUUUGUUGAAAAACACAUGCGAGCUUGUCUACGGUUGAUCUAGCUCUCGGUCCGUGAGCUCGAUCGGAGAGCUUGUGUGUCCGCGAGUGUGCGUGUGCUUGUGUUUAUUUGAGUGCAUACGUCUCUGAUACUCUCGUGCGCGUAAGUGCAUUAUAUCUGUUUGGUCAGUUUCCAAAAUGCAGCGUACGAUAUGAGAGCCUCGAGCUGCUCGGCUACUACCGCAGCGACGAUCGAUCGGAUUUCUCAGUGCAUCAGCUGAGUGCGGGCAAUGGAUCGUGAGUAAAAUCGCACGCACUACUCGAUCGAGAGCGAGCUACAGAGAUAAACAAAACGAAAAAUAAUGAAAAGAACCGAUUGGUAAAAUACGGAAAAAGCCCCGAUUGCAGUCACACCUUUGGCUAUAAAAAUGGCGAUAGAUAAUCCAUCCUACUUUUCGCUGCGUAACUCUGACUCGGGCAGCCGAACGUUCGGCAGCCUGUUCCGUCGCUCGAACAAAAAGUCAUCGUCGCAACAACAGCAACAGCAACAGCAGCAGCAGCUGGAAGAGCAGCCAUCGUCGCUACCACCGACACUGGCCUCGUCGACUACGUCGUUGUCGUCAACGAUAUCCACUCCGACGUCGAUGAACAAUGGCCAAAUCAGGUGUACUCCGGUGAUGCUGACGGGUAAGCAACAUAUCCCGAGUACCAGUCACAAAGGCAAUGGCAGCAGCGGCAGUGCUGGCAACAAUGUCAGUGGUGCAUGUCAAAAGAACAUGGCGCAGUCGCCGUCGUCGAAGAAAAGCUUGAAAAAUUUAUUUCGCUCGGCGAGCUUGAUCCAGGAUCCGGAGAAAGCGAAGAAAUUUCUGAACGGCGAUCCCAGACCAGAAGACAUGGCGCCACCCUCGCCUUAUCUCAACGAAAGACACAUGUUCGGCGGUGGCAGCGUGAGUCGCCAGACGGGCCGUCGUAGUUUCGGCCUGAGCGGCGGCAAGAAAAAAGAGUUCGCGCAAAAUGCCGCCCCCGCCUCCUCCACCAGUGGCGCUGGUGGUGCGUCGUUGUCGUCUUUUCAGAGCAGCGGCUACAGCAACAGCAACAAUAACAACAACAGCAACAAUGGAAAUCGCGCUCUGGUCGAGGAAAACGAUUACUACAGCUACGACAGGGACAGCGAGUGCGGAAGCGAAGCGUCGACUUUGCCCAUCGACGAGAUCGAGCCAAGCCGAAGCUAUUACAAUGUACCUGGGACUCUGAACAAUUUGCAGGGCAACAACAAGUUUUCGAGCAUGAGCCGCUUGAAGAAGCGUCAGAACGCGGCUCUGCAACAGCGUCGGCGCAGACGACAUUCCAUCGGGACUUACCUCGACGGCGUCGACGACGAGGGCAAUCUCAAGCCGACAACGACGACAACGAGCCAGAACGUCCCCGACGAUAGCGUCAAACUAGCCAUUAAACAAGGCACGAGACAUCAUCACAACGCAACGUCGAACCACGGAAAUGCCAACGCUAGAUCCCAAUAUGCGUCCGACAACAAUAGCUCCACGAGCAACAAUAAUACCAAUAACAACAACAAUAGCAGCGGCAACAGCAGCAUGGAUGGACGAGACGACGUGGUCUUCGUCUCGUGCAAGGACAACGAGGCCGCGGCACUCUGGGUGAAUUACCUCACGGCCUGCUUCGAGCAGAUAAGUCGCCAGCAAGGCAGGCCACCCUUUAGAUUAUUCCAAGUGUCGCUGGAGGACACGCUGACGCCGAACGUCGAGCUACGCAUCCGCGCCUCGCGCCUCCAGAUCAUCAUCGUCUGCCCGGUGAUGAUGGAGCGCGUCGCAGAGCGCCAGGAUCAGACCCAGCAGAUCACGCGCCAGUUCAGCUCGGAGCGCGUGCUCGCGAUGAUGCUGGGCGUGCAGGACGCCGGCCUGCAGGCCAGUCACCGGGCGGCCUUCGUGGCCUAUCCCACCUGGCGCAAGUUCUUCGCCAAGGACCAGGACGAGGGCUUCGUCGGCCAGUUCUUCGGCGCGGCCGUGGCCAUACUCGGUAACGGCGCCGCGGCCGCCAACGCCAACGGCCCGGGCAAGCAGGAGAAGAUUGGAUUCUCCGUUCACCCGAAGAAAGUCAAAUUGGGUCAAAAUCGCAUACUGGCCCUGCUGAACGAGCCGCUGCACCCGGACGACACCGUGACGGUGCUGGUCGAUCGCUGCGGCGAGGCCCUCGAGGUGAGCCACGUGAAGCGUCGCAAUCCGUACACGCUGCAGUUCUCCAUACCGGAGCGCUGCCUCGACGUGUCGAUGCUCGUCGGCGUGCGCAUCUCGCGCAACGGCGCGCCCCUCGGCCUGCGACAGAUCAAGUGCGAGAGCCGACUGCGCGAGCUCGAUCAGAUACUGCGUGCCCACGACAAUCCCCUGGAAUUCAUGUGUCAGACCUUCGGCUUCAAUCCGAGCGACAAAGAGCAGCUGGAUAAUUGGAUGGUUCACGCCUUUCAAAAGAACGUGCCCCCGCACUUCAAUCUGCUGUCCAAUCCACCGGGCGAGAUGACUCCCGUCAAGAAUCAUGCCAGCUCCGAGGACAACCCCACGCUGCUGCACUUUAGCGCGAGAUUCGGCCUCGAAAAGUUGGCCUGGCAGUUGCUCGAGUGCCCGGGCGCCGAUCUGGCCUGCGAGAUGCGCAAUGUGAACGAUCUCACGCCCGCCGAACUGGCCGAGCAGUCGGGUCACGCCAGACUGGCCAAUCAGCUACGCGGUUAUAUGCAAAUGAACGAAUUCACCAACAUGUAUAGCUACUUGAAGAUCAUGAGCGAAGGCGACGCUGCGACCAACGGCAACAGCAGCGAGUGUCGCCGGCCGAUGAACGAAUUUUUAGCGGCUCAGGAUCGUCAUCUUCGCGCCCGUAACGCCAAACCGUCGUCGUCAUCACCCAUGAACCAGCAUCGACAGCUCAAGCAUCAACGAAGCGAGGAACAUCAUCAGCUGGAUUCGCGCGAGACGAGUCUCAGCCGACAGGAGGACUACUGCAUGCCGCGGCCGCUGAGCGAGGCCUACUCCGUGCCACCGGCGGCUCGACCCGUCACUCGACACUUCCCCGAUUACGCGACACCCCCGCCCCUGCCCCAGCCUAAUAGCGUCAACAGCAAUAACAACAACAAAGCGUCGUCGGCGUCGUUGUCGUCGUCGUCGAGCGUGAACAAUUACGGCUCGAAUCUGACCAUCGAUGGCUCGAACGCGGAGCAACAACACAACUCCAUACAAGGUUACGUGCAGAUGAAUCCUGCAGGUUCGUUCCGGUCGCCCGACUCGGCAACUUCCACACCGACCACGUUAACGUCGUCUCCGCUAAACGGCGACGCGGCAUCGUCGUCUUUCCAUCACAAUCAUCAUCAUCAUAAUCAUCAUCGCCUCGACAGCGACCAAACGAGCACGAGAUCGAGCCUCGCGCGAUCGUCGAGCAGCACCAGCAGCGCAGGUCUCAGCAAGUCGCGCGACAGUCCCCAGGAUGAGCUGCUCGAGAUAAUCACGGACUUCAAGAACAACGUGUUCACCAUCGCCGAGGUCGAGCGCCUCGUGGAGAACUGGAAGAAUCGCAACGACGUACAGCAGAGCUUUAAGGACAAGCAGAGGCAGCUCGCGGCGAUGAGGGACGAGUACGAGCGUAUACAGAAGCGCAUGAAGGACGAUCUGAAGAUGCCCACGCCCUUCGAUCGCAUUCGUAAGUUCUUCACGAAAGGACACAAAAAAGAUUCCAAAGACUCAACCGCGACAGCUUCGAGCGAGGAAGCAAGCCCAAGUAAGCCGAACGAGAGUAACGGCAACAACGUCAACGGCAACAAUUUAGCCGAUCGACGACCCGUUAGCAGUCUCAGUCUGCAUAGCGUGUCGAGCUCAUCAUCGUCCGGUCGUAUGAGCACUGUUAGCGGUUGCAGCGGAGCCAGCCUCGGUGACAGUGGCACACACUCCGACACGGACGAACGACGGUUGCAACACGCGAACGGCGACGAUAAAGCCUCCUCAGCGGGUAUGACGAAUUACGAGAUACCUCCGGCUCCGAAGCCGUACAAUGGUCGUCCUCAUUCGAGACUGACGUCGACGCCGAGCCGAAGCGUCGUCGUGGCCGGCGGCGAACUCGACGUGCGCCCGGUCAAGUCCUCGGUGCCCGCCAUGGACGACAAAGAGUAUUACAUUGCCUUUCCGCCUUCGGGACUGCCCGUUCACUCAUUCAAGCCUAACGUAAGCUCAGCCGAAGAACCAAGGACACCGAAUUGCACUCCGGUGGACAGCGUCGACACGGUCGACGGUCCCAUGACGGGUUGCCAUCCCAUGACCAUGAAUUACGCGAAUCUCGGUCCGAUCUGCAGUCCACCCCCGGGUAUGUGCGUUCCUCCCUUCGAGUACGUCAACGUGUCGCUGCCCGGGGCGUCGAAUACCAUCUGGGAGAAGCCGAGCCAACAGCAGCAUCAGCCAAAUAUACUGACGAUUCAACCGGAGAUCCAUCCGGAACCGUCGAACCUGUCCAACAUCGAGGAGAUGAGCAACGACGAAAACGAGAACGUCGCCGAGGACUCGUCACCGCCGCCUCUGCCUGACAGUCCGAAGAUUCUCAAUACGGAUAAUAAUGAUGCCGUGGGCAACGUCGACGCUGAGCAGCAACAAGAUGCGCGCAUCGACGGGACCACGAGCGCGGAACCGAGCACCAGCAGUGGAGUCGCGGCAUCCGAAGAAAUCGCCAAAAACUUCGGCGUGACGCUGAAAAAGUCGGGCCCUCCCGUGCCACCGAGGAGCGAGUUUACCUUCAUCACGACGGUGCUCGAGUCGAAAGACGAAUAACAUUAAUUAAUUCGCGUGUUACAAAUCAAAGUCAGUUGGCAAAGGAUCAUCGAAUAAUGACGCACGAUACUUUUAUCGCGUCGAUAAAUUAUUUGAUAUUAUUUGACUAAAGUAUAAGUAGAUUCAGCUUUAAUACAGGUGAUAUUGCGUAUAUAUUAUUAUGAUAAAAUAUAUUAUAUGAAUCUUUAGAACUAUGUUGGAGAAAAAAUUGAAAAGGUUUCGAGUUUGGAAAAUUUUAUGAUCCAUAAGUCUAAAAAGUUAUUAAAUGAGUGCCUUGGAAAAGUGCAUUAUUGUAAAAUUAUACAUUGCGUGUAAUCAAUUUAUUCUUUAAGAAAAUCUUGUUUGUAUUUUUAUAUGCGUUUGUUUGUAUCAAAUUAUUGAAGUGAAAUAUUAUAAUGUUUGUACGUGUCGAUAUUUAGAUUUUAAAACGUGUUUAUUCUCAUAAUACUCACAGCUUACUCUUACUCCUUUUAUUGCGAUGGCAGUGGGUUUUAUCCAUUCUGUAAAACGAUGCAGCUUAUUAGAAUCUUUUGAUGAAUGUUCACAUAAUCACAUCAUUUAUGAAUAUAAAUAAUAUAUUAUUAAGAGAUAAUAAAUUGAAAUUAAAAAUUAGUUUUUAAUGACAUUAUCUUUGAUUUAUAAAACCUUUGUACUGGCUCUAGAGAUGAAAAGUUGGGAGAUUUGUGGAUUUCAACAUUACUAGUACUC